AUGAAAUUCGUAUCAACUUAUGCUAUUACACAUGUCACAACAAAUUUAAUUACACCGAUUCUUUUGGGUAAUGAUUGGAUUAAUUCGAAUCAUGUGCAUCUCUUUGGCGACCAGAAACAAUUAACUAUUCCUGAUCAACAUGGUCAAUUAAUUUCAAUUCCAUACGUGGAGCCUGCAUUUAUUAAUUAUCCAGCUCUAUUAGUUCAUCAAAUUACUAUUCCUCCAUAUUCACAAACAUUAGUUGAUAUUCCAUGUCCAGUUGAUGAUGCUAAUAAUUUUAUAUUUGAACCGUAUGAACGAUAUAUACCAAGACUUAUUUUCAUACCACACACAUUAUUGAACAUUAAUAAACAUCAAGCCAAGGUACUACUUAUCAAUGCUCAAGAUCAACCACAAAUCUUAUGA